UUUCAAGGGCAAAAUAAUAGAUAGGAGGGGUCCUAGAUAAGAGAAGACUCAAUUAUUGUAGGCUACAAUUGUACAAUCAAAACGAUGGUACCGCCCUCUGUUUAAUACAUCACAUGAUAACGAUGGAAGCUGCAGUUCUGUAUAAAAGCCCGAAGAAACAGUACCUUCUUUCAACGUUGCAGCACUAGCUUGAAGACCACUGGUUUUUUGAACACUAGCAACACGCGCUUUUAAAGGGACAGCACCGGGCUCAUAUGUAAGUCAUCAUGGCGGAUUCCAGCAACCACAUUACAUGCCUGUCCCGGGCUUUAUCACAGCCUACACUCAAAUUGGCAGAAUGUAACGAUGUUAGUCCUGCAAGAACGAUUCCGCUGCAUCCAUGCCGAAGGAGAAUGUUAUCGAGCUGCACCUCGAUCGAGGUCAUUGAGCCGGUGACUUCAUAUAUCGAGGCGCGAGUCCUGGUUAUCAACACCGGAGGAACCAUCGGGAUGACUCUUCAUGAUAAUGGGCUUGCCCCACAAGCCAAUGCAUUUGUGAAGAACCUACGCAAGUUGCCCUUCUUCCACGAUGAGAAGUAUGCCCAGGAGACCGGCCUGUUUGAGUACUAUGGAGAUGAGACCCUGGUCUUGCCGCUGAGUAAAAACAAUAAGAGGAUAGUCUACACUAUUUUAGAGUACGACCCUUUGCUGGACUCCUCUAAUAUGACCACAGAAGACUGGGCUAAAAUCGGAAAGGACAUUGAGAAAAACUAUGAAAGCUAUGAUGGUUUUGUGAUCCUCCAUGGCACAGACACUAUGGCUUACACAGCCUCUGCCCUGUCCUUCAUGUGUGAACAUUUGGGUAAAGUGAUCAUUGUCACUGGAUCACAGGUGCCGAUCUAUGAGAUGAGGAAUGAUGGCAGAGACAACUUUCUGGGGGCGCUGCUGAUUGCUGGCCAGUUUGUCAUUCCUGAGGUGUGCCUAUAUUUUUACAACAAACUCUACAGAGGGAAUCGUUCGACCAAGGUGGAUACGGGGAGUUUCAAUGCAUUCGCCUCCCCUAACUUGACCCCUUUGGCCACUGCUGAAGUGGACAUUACAAUCAACUGGGAUACAGUGUGGAGGGCAAACACCACAGCAAAGUUUCAAGUCAGCCCUGAGCUGAACAGGAACGUGGGCCUGCUCCGGCUGUUCCCAGGGAUCACCGCUGCUACUGUAAGGGCUUUCCUGCAGCCGCCCAUGGAGGGUGUGGUCCUGGAGACCUACGGCAGUGGAAAUGCCCCCGAUAACCGAAAAGACCUGUUGGAUGAGCUGAAGGAGGCCACCGACCGUGGUGUCAUCAUCAUGAACUGCACCCAGUGUCUUAGGGGGACUGUGUCUGCAUCUUACGCCACUGGCACGGUAUUGCUGGAUGCAGGGCUGUUACCUGGCAGUGACAUGACUCCAGAGGCUGCCCUUUCAAAGCUGUCCUACGUAUUGGCCAAGAAAGACAUAAGUCUUGAUGCCAAGAAAAAGAUGAUGGCUCGGAACCUGCGAGGUGAGAUGAGUGCCGACUUAGCAGGAGCCAAGCUGUGUCUGAGAGACAGCCGUUUCAUCCAGGCCAUCGCCAAGUCUCUUAGCAUCAGCUGCAAGGAGGAACUGGAAGCCAUCCGUGAUGCCCUGACUCCCCCACUGGCAUGUGCUGCUGCUAAGAACGGAGACAUAGAGGCAUUGGAAGCCCUAAAGGAAAUGGGCAGUAACUUGUGUCUGGGUGACUAUGAUGGACGAACACCCCUACAUGUUGCCGCCUGUGAGGGCAACCACAAAGUGGUGGAGUACCUACUGGGUCUUGGAGCAUCAGUCUAUGCUAAAGAUCGCUAUGGGGACACACCCCUAAGCAACGCUGUACGCUUCAGGAACAAGGAGGUUGUGAAGCUGCUGAGAAAGACUGGAGCCCACUUCUCCAAAGAUGAGUUGGAUGAAGCCGGAACCGAACUGUGCAGCCUGGCAGCCAGCGCUGACCUGGAUGGCCUGGAAAUCUGGAGUCUUGCCGGAGCUGAUCUGAAUAAACCAGGCUACGAUGGACAGGCAGCAAUUGGAGUGGCCCAGGCUGUUGGCAAUCAGAAAGUGGUGGCAUUUUUAGUCCAACUCCUGAGCAAAAAAGCCAAGCCUUGUGCCUAUUAUCCAUCCAUCCAUCCAUCCAUCCAUCCAUCCAUCCAUCCGUCCGUCCAUUUUAUAAACUGCUUGUGUAUCCCAGCAUGCAUUGCACAAGAGGCAGGUUACACCUCUAGAUAGGUCAGUCUAUCACAGGACUAAAACACACAUAUACACAACAAACGCAAUCACACCUACAAACAAUUUAGAGCUGCCACUUCACCUGUCUCCUGGAGGAAACCCACGCAGACAGUGGGAGAACCUCCAGCUCUGCACAGAAAGGGCUCCGUUGUCCCUGCUGCAACAGUCCUAAUCAUCAAGUGCCCAUGGGGCCCUUCUGCCUAUUUUAUUUCAAAUCACACAUACACGAUACACAAUACGAUGUGAAGAGAAUUCGACAUAUGGAACGAAAGAGGACUUGUAAUUGUUAUUGAAAAAUGCAUUUCUACAAAAAAAAAGUAAGAUAGUAAGCAUGCCUCGGACCUCUCUGUUGUUCAUCAAAGCUACGUCCGAUAAAGUCUGAUCACCUUUUAAUGCCUGCCCGCCAAUGCCUGUGAAUGCUAAACCUGUGCAGCCUGCUUUACACUAGGCUGACCAGGGUGUGUUUGUGUGUACACACUAGUAGUUAAUAGCACUGAAACACCUCGCACCUCCCCAGUGCUGCCUGUUUAUCUUGUCUGUCUUUUUUUGUCUCCG